AUGCAUUGUGCCCACCACAUUCAUGCUGCAGUUUCUUUCCGCGGACGGCUAUUGAUCGAGACUAGCCCUCUAACUGUGAACUACACCGCUUCGCCGUUGUUCGAACCCGGUUGGAUUUCUGUGCCCUCGGCGCAAAUAUUGGCUCAGCCCGCAUUCUUCUUCCUCUCUCAAUCGGAAACUAAACCGGAACAAACUCGUUUCUUCUCCGUUCCAGUUGAUCCGAAAUCUGGUCUCUUCUGUGCUCUGCUUCCCAGUGGAACAUAUUUGGCUUUUGCAUCAGCCGGUGCGGAAGACAAUGUUUUGGGCAAAGCGUACGAGGAAGUGGCUCUGGCCGUUUCCCUCCGUCCGGAUCAAAACAAUGGUCGCAUUCAAAUUCGAUUACAAAGACAAGUUUCGAAGAUUGAAUUUCACAGUCCGGCUGAUAUGAACAGACGGUUACAACGUUUGGCAGAGGGCUCGUCUGAAUCACGUUGUGGACAACUUCGAUCCAUUGGUAAAUCGGCCGGCGGAGAAGAUUUGUACGUAUUCGAGAUGGGUUUGAACCGCUCAAUUCUGCGACUAAAUCCCGUCCAGACAAAUAGUGAAGGGAACGAAGAGUACGAAAGGUUGCUGCCCGCAGAUGAAGACGCCUUGAACGGCACUCAGUUGUUUGCUUCUCUGUUUCCCAAAGUGAUCCUGUUUGGCAAUCUGGAUGGAACAGAUCUUCUCACUCCGCAGCUAUUGACCCAUUUUGUCGAGUGGCUCUGUCUGCAUCGAGAAAAUCAGAGCGCUGUGACACGCUUACUGUCGACAGUUCAAUUGGCUGUUAUCCCUGUCCCCAAUCCGGAUCGGUUGUCCACUGCCUGGGAAAACACACUCAGUCAAUCUCGUAGGGAUCUAAUGGAUGAGGAAGUUUGCCUGACCUCGGUUGAAAAUGGUCCUCCAGAAAUCUCGUGGCGAUUUUCGACCACAGAAAGCGAUGGUGAUCGAAUGCGCCUGUGGAAUGAACUCAUUGAUUUGACCAAAGCACGAACAUUAAACCCACAUCAUUGGUGGUGGGAGUCACCACAAGCUGCGAAUCUAUCUGAUUCCUUAUCCGUUGAAGUUAAAACUCUGGUUUCGUGGAUGCGUACUUACCAACCGAAUGCAAUACUCAGUUUACCGUCAGGAGCCUCUUCUCCAUCCAUUGAUUACGGUUUGGAUUUAAUGGAAGGUGAUGUCGCUCAGGAAUGGAUUUCCGAAACACACAAAUGGUUACGUUUCUUGGGUCACUUGAUGGCACCGGGAUUUCAUCGUUAUUCUUCCAUGUGUUCCGAGAAAGGCGCGGUCUCCAAAGCGUUGUUGACAACUUCUCACUCAACAAUUCAGCGAGUUCAUAGGCUGAGAGAACAUCUCAUGUUGAAUACUGUUGCCGUUGGAUCACGCUCUCGCCAGUGGGACUCAUCUCAGCUGAUGCCCCUUGCAUUGUCUUUGGCCUCUAUGUCUCCGGAAUUGGCACUCAAUGAACUUCCCGAACAUCAGCUACAGCACAGUCGAUCUUUCCCUCCCCCGUUGCCUCUAACACCUCCAGUCAGCUUGGCACUGACAUUAUGUCCUGCCUGUCUAGCCGCCUCUCCGAUUGGGAUCGCUCGAGUCUGGAGCGAUUUUCGGUUGCCAAGUCUUUUAGUUGGUUUGCUAAGUCAUGCCAGUUUGACCGCACAAGGAAGUUCCGGCCUAAUCGGACAAGUUGUGGUACGUACCAUCGGUGAAUUAGUUCCUGAGAAAUAG